UGUAAACAAUAAUGGUGGACAACGAGCACUAACAUUCCUCACUACAAAAACAUUUCCUGCAGGAUACCUUGUUUCGAACUCUAAGAACUCAACUUUGAUACAAUAUCCACAGGAGAGAUUUGUUGUAUUUAGAAUCUAUAGCUAUGGACGAUGAAGAAGUCGAUUUCCUGAAAGAUCAGGUUAAAAGACUAAGUGAACAACUCAAGAAAUAUAGAAAUGUAACUGCUGAAAGUGUUGGUGAUGAGCAAGGAGGUUUGGAUGAAGAUGUACCUGUGGCACCUUGGCUUACUGACAAAAGUGUUUUGUCACCAUUGAUAGCUGAAUAUGACCAACAGUUCCAAGCUCUGCUGGAAGAGAAAGAAAUCCUGAGAGGUGAAUUAGACAAACUCCGUCCAGAAUUGCGAAGAUUGAUGGAUGAAAACAAAAAACUGGUAGGGGAUAUGAAAGAAAGAUUAGAGAACCAGAUAGAUGUUGAUGAUGAUGAAGGAGGUUUCCAACCUGUUACAGACGAGGAACAAGUCAUGAGUAAUCUUAACAUGCAGGUGGAAACAGCUUUACAGGAAAAAGAUGCUGCUAUGGAGAGAUGGAGAGAAGCUGAAAUGGAAAUAGACAGGUUACAGAAAGAAUUACAGAAUGAAAAGGAUAGUCAUCAGUGGAGAGUUGUGGAAGAUCAAGCUACUAGAAUGCAGUCAGAGUAUCAAGAGUCAGUAGCAGUAUUAAACAGAGAAAUUGAAGAGCUCCAAUUAGACAGCAGGGAAGCCAAACAUGAACUGGAAAAAGCCAUUUCUGAAUUAAAAGAAUUAAAAAAAGAAAAUAAAGAUUUUGAGCAGAAGUUACAAUGGAAGGAUCAAGAUAUUGCAGACAUCAUAAUGAAGGAAGGGAUGUCAGAUAGUCAUAUACGGGAAAUGAAAAGAUUACUGGAUGAUAGCAAUCACAAAUUGUCUCAAGUCACAAGAGAAUUGGAUGAAACUAAAACAGAUAAAGCUGGACUGGAAGCCAGGAUAAAAGAGGCACAGAAAAGAUAUGGUGAUAUGGAACAGAGAGAAUUAGAUGCUGUGGCUCAAGUCAGGGAUGCUGUACAAAUGGUAGAGAAAGCUAUGAUGGAAAAAGAACAGGCAGAGAUAGAUCUGAAGCAAAGAGAAGAGGAGGCCGACUCAUUACAGGAAGCUAUUAGCAAAUUAAUCAAUGAAGCAGGACUGAAAACCAGACAAGAGGUUGAUCUUGUAAGGAACCAGUGCAAUGAAAGAAUUACAAAACUUACUCAGGAAUUAAAUAACUUGGAAAUGGAAGGUGCUGACUUAAAAGAACAAGUAACGAGAGCCAUCAGGGAUAAAAGAAAUGUGGAAGCUGAGUUGGAAAAGUUCCAUCAUGACCAGAAAGUUUCUGGAGCUAAAGAUAAAGCAUCAUUUGAAGACAUGAACAGAAGAGCUAUUGCUGCUGAAAGGGCAAGAGAUGAUCUCGAGGUCAAAGUUGAAAAUCUACAUAGUGCACUUAAAAAGGCUGAAAUGAACAACCAACAAAUUACCUCCCAGACUGAGGUUCAGUUAGCCCAGUUGAAGGAGAGAAUGUCAGGAAUGGAACAAGAGUUUGAGUUCCUGAAUGACGACAGAAUGAGAUUACAAAAUGAUAAUGAUGAUCUGAAGAAACGAAUGCUGGCAGCAGAAAAAGAAAAAGAAUCAGCUCUAAGGAAAUGUCAAAAAGAGAUGACAAUAUUUGAACAUGAACAGCAACAAAAGUUACAGGAAUAUGAAACUAGACUACAGUGUUCAGAAGAUGCUAGUCGAUCAACUGUUGGUGAAUUAAGAAAUUUAUUAACAGGUCAACAGAGAAUGUGUGCUAGAUGGAAGGAAGAAUGUCAAUCCAUAACAGAAAAGUUUGAACAAAAAAUAAAAGAUGUCCGAUCAGAACUAAGUCACGUGAAAAAGAGAAAUGAUGAACUCACAUCUUUACUAAGAGAAAGUCAGGAGAAAACAUUAGAGGCAGAAAGAAUGAUAACAGAUUAUGCCAAAAAUAUAAGGAGAAUGGAAGAAAGAGUAAGAGAUUCAGAAAGUAGAGCAUCAGAAGCUUCUAAACAGUUGGCCAGACAUUCUAUGAGAGAAAGAAAAAUGCAAAAUGAAAGAAAAAGUUUAUUAUUAGAAUUAAAUACUUCAACAAGAUCUGUAAGAAAUAAUGAUUUGUUGAUAGGGGGAUUAACAUCUAGUCCAAAAUCCAAGCUACAAGACACAUCAUAUUUAAACGGCAGCCUUAACAAAGAAGAUCCAUUAUCAGACAGAUGAUAUUAACACUACAUUUGUAUUUAAUGCAAUGUUAAAACUCAGGAAAAAUUCAUAUCAAUGUUUUGGAAUGAGUUCCAUGGCGUUUCCAUAUCUGUGAUAAAUGCAAUAGUGCCAUGCUGGAAGCUUGUAUGGAAUCAAAGAAGAUUUCAGGCAAAGACUGAUUGAGAUGCAUUUUGUUAUAGUCAUCAAUUACAUUUGAAAAAGAUAUAUUGAUCUAUUAGAACUAAUAUUCUCAUAUUUAAUGAAAGGUUGGAAAGCUUGCAACAUUCUUUUUGGACAAUAGUUUAAUUUUAGAGUAGAUAGUACUUUAAACCAAAGAACAGCUAAAGUUGAAUUAUAAUACUCAUGGCAUUUGUUAGUGUGAUAGACUUCCCUGGCUGGAAUUGCUGGCACUAUCAUUUGGUUUUCAUAAAUUGUUCUUAACAAUUUCUUAUAGGUUGAUUUCAUGACAUUGAGAGUAAACCACAAACUUAUUGCUAACUGUCACAUUUGGAUCAAUUAUGUUAUAUUCUGAAAAAUAUGUAAAAAGUCAAUAUAAAAUAUUGAUGGUGUUGAUGGCAAUAAAUUUUCAUAAAGUUUUUCUGCCAAAUUUCAUUGAUUACAAUCGUUUUGGUAUUGGAAUCUCAAAAUGUAUAGCCAAAAUGAUGAAAAUUUUAUGCAACAGUUCAUUUUUUAAAUUCGUGAUAACUAUCAAUAUAGUUAUAAUUUGCAAUAAGAUAAAACAAAUGAAACUAGCCAACAUUGUAGUGCUAUAAUUUUUGAUAUCCCUCAUUAUGAGAAAAAUGUAUUUCUAUUUUUGUAAUGUUAUUGUUUACAAAUAUAUUUAAAUAUAAAUAUUCAAUAUCAAACUG